UCGCUGGGGCGGUUGUCCAGCCCCGGGCGCCCCAGCCGGGACUAGGGGAAUGCCCCGGCCCCGUCUCGUGGAGACGCCUGCUCUGCUCCUCCCGGCUCCACUGGUGUGCAUAGGGGCUGCAACUCUCUGCCUUCCGAAAUGGCCGAGGCGUCAGAUAAGGCCGUCACGUACUACACCUUGGAAGAGAUCCAGAAGCACAACCACAGCAAGAGCACCUGGCUUAUCCUGCACAACAAAGUGUACGAUUUGACUAAAUUUUUGGAGGAGCACCCCGGCGGGGAGGAAGUCCUGCGGGAACAGGCCGGGGGCGACGCUACCGAGAACUUCGAGGACGUCGGGCACUCUACGGAUGCCCGGGAGAUGUCCAAAACCUACAUCAUCGGGGAGCUGCACCCGGACGACAGGGCGAAGAUACAGAAGCCCGCGGAGACCCUCAUCACCACAAUGGACUCUAAUUACAGCUGGUGGACCAACUGGGCGAUCCCAGCCCUCUCGGCGCUGGCCGUGGGCCUGAUGUACCACUUCUACACGGCGGAGGACUGACCCCGUCCUCAGAGGCCCGCGGGCGGACAGACGGCUUUGGGCCGGGAAGAGCGAGGCCCGAGUUCACUGCCGCGACUGACGGAACCCUCACCUGAACGUGAUUUCACCGAGCCCGUCCCCCUCCUCCCCCACGAGACAUGGAACGAACCCGAAGGACCUGUUCUCCUCUCCCUGCUCUCGCACUCCCGCGGGUGCUGGUUAAUGCGUGAGCUCUGCUCCGCUGCCCCGCGGCCGCGUCACGUACUCACUGUCGGCGUGGGCGUGACCUCUUAGAAAUACACCUGGCUUUUCCAAUACAACACCACGUGUGCCUGUCGAUUGGGUGUGUAACUGCCUCUCGUGUGCAAAAUCCCUGGUUGCUUAGUGAGCCCUUAGUGUGCCAUUCAGGCCCCCGCGGCCUCCAUGGCGUGAGGAAGGAGGGGAAACCAGGUGGGCUCACUUGGUACCGUGCGUCUCCAAUGUAGUUUCUUUUCCAAGGAGAUUGAGAAAGGCCCUGGGAAUGAUAGCGUAAGGAUUUCCAAAACAUUGUUCUUCCUGAGAUAGGCGGUCGGAGGAGAAAGGGGCCCGUAGGACGUAGAAAAGAGACUGCGUCUCUCCUUUGGUUCAGAAGCACCAGCCACAGACAGACAGACAGACAGAUGUGUGAGCCGGGAGAGGACAUCCCGACGGCCUCUUCUCUCGGCUCAGAGGUCAUCAUCGUGGGGAAAUGUUCGGUCACACAGGUUCUCAAUUUUAAAAAUUGCUCAUUUGGAGGCAAAACCUGUGUGUGUGUUCUUAUAGGGAAAUGCCGGUGUCCUCACUUGUUAAAACGCUCGUUUGAAAGAGAUGGUGGGACAUUUGGAGUCUGAUUUCUGGAGACCCCAAGCCGUUGGUGGUGAACCGGGGGGGAUGGUGGCAAGGCUCGAAGGACUGGCCGCUCACCUCCGACUGCUUUCUCCGACCCGGGCCUCUUCCUCCGUGGGAGCCUGGGGCACGGCUCUGGAGUUGUCCGUGCUCCGUGGGUAGCUGUGACUGUGCAAGUGUCCAUGGGCACGCUGGCCGCCGCCAGGUGCCGGGGUUCUUCAGAAAUCACUGACGCAUUGGGAAGGGAUUGUUUUGUCAUCCCAGAGUAUAAAUUUUUGUAGCCGUUGCCAUGUAUCCCCCUCUGCCUUUUUUGUCACUGAAGGUUCGAGUUAGCGUGAACGUCGGGGGUGGGGACAGGCGCUGUGUCACAUGGGAAAGUGCCCCACAGGGGAAUCCUUGAUUCAGAUUUCAAUAAACACGUGCCUGGAACAA